GUGAGAGAAGACUUGUCUGUUUGUUGGCGUUUGGAAUUGACUCUAACGUUUCAGUAUUUGUGUUGAAGGACAGGAGGCACUGACGAGAUAACAAUCCCCACUCUGCAGAUUCCUGAUAUCGCUUUUAGUCUGUAAAACAAUGUGGGAAAUGGUUCAUUUAAUAUAGCGAGGCCACAACUGUUCAAAGCCACCGUGUACUGUUUAUUUCCAGGGCUUCUCACACCAGUGAACAGAUGGAGGUCAGUGUUGGGGCCCCUGCUUUCGACUCCAGUGAACUUAUAUAUUGCACUGAUGCAAAUUUAACAAAACUUUAUGCAAAAUAAGGUGUUUCACGUGAUUAUGGAUUUUUAAAAUCUGUACAAAGCCCAGUGGGACUGGCUCUGGUGCCCCUCCAUCUUCUCCCAGCUCCUCCAUCAGUCUGCAGCCUACAGCAUGCGUCCGGAGAGCCUUUAACACCCAGAGCCCUGCUUCCUCCUGUUUAUUCCCCUGCAACCGACCCAAACCUCUCCCACUCUGUCUUUUUUUUAAAUAAUUUUUAUUCUUUAGCAGUGCCGCUCCGCAGUCAUCACCCGCUGCUCUGUUAAUUGACCCGGCUGACACUCAGACGCACACGCGGGUUCAGUGAUACUCGGAGCCGCCUUUGCUUAAACAAAUACAGUUCAUUACUUCGUUAGCCCGAUAAGCCUUUUCAGUUUAGCGCACCGUUACACUCUUUGGUCGCGAUCCCCCAUUCCCCUUGAGCGGCUGGAGCCCGCGUUGCAUGCCGGUACCUGCAGUCCCCACCCCUCCCAGCCUCUCCAGCGUCUAAUCCUGGGCGUGGAUAGGCGCGCACUACAUCUCCCAUGCUGUCGCCGCGCACCCUUCUGCCCCUCGCUCGCUCACUCUCUCUCCCACCAGACUGGAGGCUGGAGAUACGGAACGGACUGUCUUGGCGACCCCCCUCCAGCCCUCCCCUCCUCCUCCCUCCCUCCCUCACUCCCGCCCCCCCCCCCCGGACUUUGAGAACCGAAAACCGUCGAGAUUAGUGAGCAGCCGCGGACGGCAGAGGCGAAAGGCUGGUCACCGCCGUACCCGAGUCGUGCCUGUACGUCGUUCACAUGCCAUCUGGACGAGCGGGGUAUCGCUGUAUUUACGGAAAACUCACCCGACUGACUCAGCUACCCAGAGGCAUGUUGUGUUGAAGAAACACCUAUGCAGGUGGAUCCUACACUAAUGAAUGUAGGGGAUGGAGGCACGGUGAGCAGAGAGAUCAGUGCUCCAAAUAAAGCGUCCACUAUUAUGGUGGGAAAUCCCCCCCAGACGCUCCCCCCUGAGUUUAGAGGAGAUGUUACCCUCAGUCAGCAAAACAAGACCACUCCAACGACGGACUGUAAGACAGCGAAAACCUGCCUGGACACUAGCAAUUACAACCACAGCCCGGAGCUUUCUUCACCCCAGCAGCCCAACAAUGCGCCGAUGUCCAGCUCAGCAGUCGCCAGUUCAGAGAAAAGAGCAGACAAAAGGGCAGAGGCCUCUAAACUCAAGGGCGAUGGGGUUGGGGUGUUCCCCGCUCCCCAGUGGUCCAGUGGCGUAAAAGCCAGCCGGGACGACUCACUCAACCCGUGUCACAACUCCGUGGCCUCCAGUAAGAAGACACAUCCUCAAACGCAAUCUGUGCAAAGUGUUUCGUCGGGGUAUCAGUGCUCCGCUAUGUUCAAACCAGCCCAGCCUGUGGCCUUCCUUCCCCCCACAAAUUUUUCCUCUCCACUUUGUAAAAUCACUCUUCCACCAGCAUUGGGUCAGAUUGCAGCCCUGAGAGAAGCCACGGCUAGUCAGUUUCAGAAGGAAAUCCAGUCGCAAAGCUCAGGUGUCGGAGGAGCACACCUCAUGCGGACCUAUCCCUAUCCGUUCUCUGUGGGCCGGACUCCAGCGGGAGAGAAGAAAGCGGGCACGUCGAGCUCCAAGCUAAAAUCUAACCAUUCAUCAAGCAAAGCUUCCAAACCUGUAGGAGAGCAUAAAUCCUUAGCAUCAGUGGUAGCCUCACCAGCCGUAGCCCUGCCGUUGCAGCAUCCGUCAUUAACUUCUGCAGCGCCCACCCGCUACACCUUGUCUCCCACUGCUGCCAUUUGCUGCGGCUCUGCGCUGGCCAGCAUCGCCUCUCAGAGCAGGCUGCUGAACCAUGUGGAGAAAGGCAGCGGCGUAGACAAGGCGAUCGUGGGCGCUCUUAAAACCACACCUCCGUCGGCUCCAGACGACCACACGGCCGGCUCGGUCGAACCGAGGGACGUCCCUCUUGAUUUGUCUGCAAAAUCAAAGCGUCCCAAAUGCAUAAACGACCCUCCAGUUUCCUCGAUGGAGCCUCACAAUAAUGACUUGAAUCAAAGAGAUUUUUUAAACUCAAAAAUGUCCACACCUACAACUUAUAACUCAGCCGUGCAAUACCCCAUCCUACCCAACACCCACAGAAACGGUUCUCAUCAGAAACAAAUAACCAGGCCUCCAAAUCACCAAGUCCCAGAUCCCAAACCAAACUGGGGAAAGGGAUCGUCACAAGACUCUGUGAAAAGUAUCCCGGGAACCUAUGUAGGCGUGGCUAGCCCUAUUCUGGCUUCAACUCUUUGCGGCAAAGAUGGAAAAGGGACUUUUGCAGAUGAAUUCCAGAGUUUUGCAAAGCAGGAGUUCAUAUCUAUAAUUGAUCAAGGAGAACAUGUGGCCUCCGGAGGAAAGAAGCCAUCCUGUCUGAUGAAGGGCAACCAACAUGCUCAUGGUGUCAAGCAUGUUAAAAACACCAGCACAGCCAUACUAACUAAGAACUGUCCAUCUAAAGGAGGCCUAACGACUGUCCUGUCGAACUCGGCUAAUACUCAGAUUCAUCCGAAAUCUGGACAUGGUAAGACGGCAGUGCCGUACCCCACGGCUGUUCUAAACCCAGCGUGGCAACAGUCGUCUCAUCCUCACCAUCAAGCCUCAUCUGUUCAAAAAAAAUCCACGCAAGGAUCCCAAAAGACCAAAGGAAACACAGUUGCAGAAGGAUCUAAGUUUCAGAGCGCUUGUCACAGCCCGCCCAAACCCGAGGAUGAUAAGUGGGAGAGAAUGAAGUCUCCUCUGUCCAACCUCGCGUCCAUUGUGAAGCAGCAGACUCUGGAAACAACAGGUGAGGGGAAUGCUCAAGCCUCACCUGUUGCGUCCCGAAAGGAUGAUGUAAACACAGUCGCUGGGAGUAAUGACGCCCAGUCCAAACACACUUUCCAGUAUCCAUCAUAUUGGCCUGUGGAUAAGUGGCCUGGCGCGGCAUCACAAGGGGAUUCGAGUCAGAAUGUUAAAAGACACGAGAAGGCGUCUUUGGAGAAUGAUACUGAGACCGUAAAACCUGCGGGACAAACAAAACCCACCGGCCAGGGUCCUCGCAAUGCACCAGCCAAUGGGAACAGGAUGGAGAGCAAACUCGCCCAGGUGCUGGAGGGAGAGGUACCAAAGCAAGAAAGUGGGGCGUCAGACAGUCAUCCCAGUGAGAAAUUCGAGGGCAUGGUGGCGUCUCUUCUCACAGGCCAGUGUGCGGCGGGAGGCGAGAGGUUUGAGAAGAAAGCGAGCGCUACCAAAGAGGAGUCGCCAACCAAAGCGAAAGCGGCUGCCCUCAAAGCGAAGAAAAGCAGCCCCAAAAAGCCUGCGAAGGAGAAGUCGCCAGCUGAGGCUUCAAACAAGGCGACAGGACGGAAACAAGACGCAGAGAACCUGCCAAACAAAGCGUCUUCACAAAAGAAGAAGAAACAAUGUGCACCUGUGCUGGAGCCAACGCCAAUUUCAAGGGACAAGAUCAGUCCCAACAAAAGUGAAGAAAGGACCAGCAACAAACCAGAUAUUGGCAGCAGUCCUCUGACCGUCGAGACCCCGGUCUCCCUGAAUAGCUCUGAUAUGUCCAAUAAGGACACCGACACUGCAGAGAGCUCGUUCCCAAGACUGAGGCGAGGGCGACGGCGAGCCGAUGAGGCCCGACUCGACCUCUGGGGCUUCGCGACACCUUCACCUCCACCUCCGGCCCCACCUCAACAAAUGUCUGCUCCCACCACUUCCCCAUCUCCCCCUUCCACUCCUGUCCAACCCGCACGCCGUCCAAGAGGGAGACCUCGCUCCACCCCAGCACCCGACCGAGCGUAUCCGGUGAAAGGGAAGACGGCCAGCGCAGAGGGCGACUCGCCUCCUCAUAAGAAACGCAGACGAUGCCGGAGCAAAAAGUAUCAGAGCGGGGAAUACAUUACAGAGAAAGACAAGCUGGAAGAUGCAGAGAACCCGGAGGAGUCGGACUCACUGAGACAGGACGGUGGAGCUCCAGCAGAUCCACAGAUAGAGCGCUCUCCGAGUCCCAUUGCCUCCAGUCCAGAACCAGUGCAGAGACCGUCGGUAACUCGCUCAGGAACAGCCCGGUACCACGAGAGCGAGGCGUCGCCGGAGAGCGGUGACAAGCCUUCAGGGAAGAGAAAGUUCAAAAGCAAGCACCUGAGUGACAGCUAUGAGCAGAAGGUGAAGUCCAAACGGAGCAGUCUGGGCAAGCGUGUCGCCCCACUUGCCCUGGACGAGGCUUGUGCCGAUGUAAAAAGACCAGAAAGCCCUCCACCCGCUCCAAAGGGUUUGCCUUCACCCCCGAACAAUAAGAAAGGCUCAUCUGGAAGACACAGCGUCCCAGACUCUACUCCGAAAAUACCUGUUCCUCCAGAGGUGCGGCGACUAAUUGUCAAUAAAAAUGCUGGGGAGACCUUGUUGCAGCGUGCGGCCCGACUGGGCUAUCAGGACGUAGUCCAGUACUGUCUGGAAAAAGAUAUCAGGGAGGUCAAUCGCCGCGACAACGCUGGUUACACUGCUCUCCAUGAGGCGUCCUCUCGAGGUUGGCCUCAGAUUGUCCAGAUGCUGCUGAAACACGGUGCCGACGUCAACUGUAGCGCCCAGGAUGGAACACGGCCUCUCCACGAUGCAGUAGCAAGCGAUAAUCUUCCAAUCGUCUGGUUACUUCUAAACCACGGGGCAGAUCCGACGCUGGCCACAUACUCUGGACACACGCCUGUCAAACUGGCACACAGUCAAAGCAUGAAGACCUUCCUCACAGAAUAUUUUACAGACCUCGAAGGCCGAAAUGAACAGAAUCCUAGUUUACCCUGGGAUUUCUACAGCAGCUCCCUGUUUGAGACUGACCAGGAGCCGUGCUGGGACUUCCUGCUGUCGGAGCAGAAUCAGGAGCUGGAGGAGAACGCGACCGGGCCGACGGAGCGCGACUCGGACAGAGACUGCCUUUUAUUUGAGUUUUCCGACGAGCCUCUCCUACCGUGCUAUCAUGUUCAGGUGUCAUUAACACAGGGGUUCUGCAACUGGUUCCUCCUGACAGACGUCCUGAAGCGCUUGAAGAUGUCAGCACGGAUCUUCCGGGCGCGCUACCCCCACAUGGAGGUGGUGAGUUUGCCCCGCGCUGAGCUCUGGAGGCAGGUGUCUGUCAGCCAGGUGAGCUCCGCUUUAGCGUCUCCCUACAAAAACAAAAAGGAGGAGAGGGAAGAGGAGGAGGAGCAGGAGGAAGAGGAAGAGGAGGAUGAGGACAAGGAGGGACUUGUGGACCUAGUGCGCACUGUACCAGAACUCCAGAGACUACUGGGUUCCUCCAUUCACAUCCUACAUGAAGUCGAUGAGGAGGAGGAGGAGGAGGAUGAGAAGGAAGAGACGCUAACAAACACAGGGAAGCCCUGCAGCCGAUAGCCUCUCUAGCACCGCAAGGACAAGUGUGUCAGCCCGAGUCCUGCAAGCAGCAGCUCUAAGGAAACCCCUCCGUCCGCUGUAAGAAAAGUCAUGGGUUUUAACUCCAGCUACACUAAUGACUCUGACACUCCACUGAUAACCUUUGACCUCACAGAAAGUGAUUUAGUGAUCACAAGGACCUGCACACGGGGGUGGUCAGUGAUAGAAAGCAGCUUUCAGGUUCCUAUCUUUAGGUAUAUUUGAAUACAUGAGAACUAUUGAGCAAACCUUUUAUAUUGAUUAUGUAUGUACAUGGUAGUGUAUAUGUAUAUCUUGCCAUCAGGGUUAACACAUUUGGUUAUAUAACGGUAUUCUUGUGGAACGAGGCAGGUUAUGGUUCGGGAUCUAUGUUUUGGUUUGUUCCUGAGGAAAACUGCUAUUUUUCGAUGGGAGAUAAUCCAAGGCUUUUAUCCUGGUGAACUCUUGCAUAAAGCUAAGACUCUUAUGUCAGGAUGGCCGUUGGCCCGGGCGUUUCUCUGCGUCGACCUGGAGACCACAGCACAUACCCGUCAAACCGAAUCCGCCACCCAGCUCAGAGCCUCGUAUUCAUUUCCGCUCCUCUCCCCUUUUCACUUCACCAUCUGUGAGGGAUCACUAACGAACGGACCUAGCAGCUUAGGUUGUUUAAUUUCCCUCCACAUUUCACUAAGUGAGCCCAGACAGGACUGAGCUGUCCCUGCUCACAGCAUCAAAUGUUUCCUCUCAUAUUUUCUGUUGGACCUUGAGAUUGAGAGCUUGUUUACAGACUUGGACCGAUAGUGGUGUUCUCCAUUUCCCAGGAUGCACUCCUCAUGAACUGAUCUCCCCAGAACGGAUGUCCCAGAGGAGUCCGGAGUCUGAGGAGCUAAAAUGCCCUCCUUACUGCAGCCACGACUGUCCCCUGUGGUGUCCCAGUAUGGUGUUUCCAGACCCCAGAAUGCUUUGUGUUGCAGUGUUUUAUUUACACUGUUUGUUGUGCUAAUUUAAUAGUCAUUAAUAUAUUUGACCUCCUGUGUAUCUGACAGCCUAUCUAUGAAACCGUUGCUUUGUAUGGUUGGUGCUUCAUUUUAAAAUGUACUUAUUAGGAUCCCUUUAUUCUGAGAUUUUCCUCCCUCAUUCGAAAACAGUAUUUCUGAAGAGCAAAAGUACAGUUUUAUUGUACUGGUGCUAAGAUAGAUUUUGUGUUGACAAUCAAUGAAGUUUUGGUUUGAAGUCACAAGCUAAUAAAAGAUAUUUAAGACGAAGAGACUAAUGGUGUAAAGAAAGGUAUAGUUUAGUUAAAGAAAACGAGACACGGACUGAGGACUAAGAGACUGAGCCAUGUGUGAGAUCUUGAAAGAGUCUUUUAUUUGAUUCUUUUAUAAGAAAGCAGUAAGAAUAAAGCAUGAUUGUGAAUCAUA